AUGACUUUUUUGUUUGCAAAGUAUUUACCAACUGAAGUUCAACUUGAUGUUUUUAAAUUUUUCAACUAUAAUCAAUUAUGUUCAAUCAAACAAACGAAUUUAUAUUUUCGUAAUUUUGUUAACGAAUUUGAAGUGAAACUUGCUCGAGAGAAAUUUGAUCAAAUAAUUAUUGACUAUUCUUAUCUACAAAAUUCUUCGUCUCAUUAUAAAUUAAUUAAACCCAAUGUUGAAAAUUUUGAUUUUGCAUUGAAUGAAGAACUUGAAGAGAAGUGGAAAAAUGGAAUCAAAAAACCAAUUCCUCUUUAUUUGGCUAGUCAAUAUUCGAACAAUAAUAUUGCUAUUUGGUUAGAUAAAGAAUUUAUUUCGGACGGUUCAAAAAUUAAAGGUCUUCAACUUCAACUACCAACCAUUAUUAGAAGCAAAAAUCAAAUCAAAAUUGUUUAUUAUUACUUAAACAAAUUAUUUAAUUGUUCUUUUGAUUAUGGCAACUUUGAAGACUUUACAUUCAAUCCAGAAUUAAUUCAAUUAUUAUUUGGAAAUUCAAAACAAUUUUAUAUUCGAGGAUGUUCUGUGUUUUUGGAUUACAAUAUUGGAAAUGUAUUAAAAUUUAUUUUGAAUCAUCUAAUUGUUAGUGAAACUUUUGAAAUUAAUCUAUAUGAUGAAGACACGACAAAAUAUACAGAUAUUUUAUUUAAAAUUUUAAUGUGUGGAGACAAGUUUAACAAUGUUUGUUUAGUGUCGGAAAAAGUGCAGAACAUUUUUGAUUGCAUUAUAAAUCAUAUUGAAACGUCAAAGGAUAGUUCAAAAUUGGUGGCUAAUAUUGAAUUACAAUGUUGUAAUAUUCCUUUUACUUUUUUAAAUAAAAGAGCUAAAAAAAUUGGAAAGAAACUUGUUAUCGGAACUUUUGUAGAAACAAAAUACCAACUUUCCAGCAAAUUCAAUCCAAAAAUUAAAUUUUCUUUUUUAUGUGAGGGAAAUUUGGAAGUAUUUAAUAAUAUUGAAAUUGAACGAAUUUAUUGUUAA